AUGGCGGCUGGAAUAGUCGAGCUCGAUGCUCAUGAGCAGCCGUCAGAGGCGAUGCGGGCACAGUGGAAGGGGUACUCAAGGGCUGAUCAAAAGGAACUCAUUAAAGGGGAUUCAAUUGAUGACCCUAGAUCACCGGAUCAAGCUGGUAGAUUCUCUGUGGCUGGAAAGAUCUCGGUCGACCAGCUCACAACCGCUUUCUCUCACAUAAGCUCGGCCGCGGUCGACACAUCAACACUUCAGGAGGUGCCCAUUCUUUACCACCCGCUUCUGCCAGGCCUUCUCAUCGCACCGAACCUGGUGCCUCCCGAAGUCCAGAAGACCCUCCUCUCGCUGAUGAUCAACCGAGACCUCAGCGUGCCGACACACCAAACAAACCUUCACCUGCAUUACGACUUACCUUACCCGAAAGACGCAGAUGGAUCCUCCGAGUCAUUCUUCUCGUACCCGCCUGACCAAACACCAAUCUUCAUUCCAAAAGAUCCUUCGGUUCAUAAACCUCUAUCCAUCAAACAGGUUAUGGAGAGACGGCUCCACUGGGUCACCCUCGGCGGCCAGUACGACUGGACCAACCGCAUAUAUCCCGAAGAUCGCCCUCCUCAGUUUCCCUCAGAUAUUGCCCAAUUCUUGGAGGCCCUCUUCCCCGAGACCCUCGCCCAAGCCGCUAUUGUCAAUUUCUACACGCCUGGCGACACGAUGAUGAUGCACCGCGACGUCAGCGAGGAGACCGACAAGGGGCUUAUCAGCCUGAGUUUCGGCUGCGACGGUCUCUUCAUGAUCGCGCCUAACGACCCCGAGAACAUUUCCGAAGAAGCAAAGGCCACGGGCAAGGAGUACCUCCUCCUUCGGCUGCGCUCCGGCGACGCCAUCUACAUGACCAAGGAUUCUAGGUUCGCGUGGCAUGGCGUGCCCAAGGUCAUGAAGGGGACAUGCCCUGACUAUCUGGCUGACUGGCCAGCGGAAGGUGGGAAAUAUGAGGAAUGGAAUGGGUGGAUGCAGAACAAGCGGAUAAACCUCAACGUCAGACAGAUGAAAGACUGA